CAGCCGUGAGAGUGAGCGGAGCUACAGGAGAGGGUCCCGUGCAGUUGCCACUCCCCAGCGGGGACACUGCCCUCCCCUCUCAGCCACUUUGCCCUUUUCUGGGGUAUCUGCUCUUUCACAGAUGCUAGAGUCUUUACUCGGCAGUGCCCUAAUGACUGUCCACACAGCUCCCAACCAGUCCCUGGCAAUGUCCUCAAAUCUCAGCACCAUCGACAGCUCCAAUGACACACUCCCUUGCCCUGAAGGCAAUUUCUGGGAGUGGAUGUACACCUUUCAGCCUAUUUACAUCAUGGCCGUGUGCAUCAUUGGCAUUGCAGGCAACAGCUUUGUCCUGAUGGUCUUGUGUUUACAGAAAGGACGUUGCACGGUGCCAGAGCUAUACCUGGGGAAUCUCGCUGGGGCUGACCUGCUCCUCUUGGCUGGCCUCCCUUUCUGGGCCGUUAACAUUGCCCUCCACUACAAAUGGCCUUUUGGAGAGUUCCUGUGCCGUUAUGUCAACUCAGUGAUUUACAUGAACUUUUACGGUAGUAUCUACUUCCUGGUGAUGGUCAGCAUCGACCGCUACUUCGCUCUUGUGAAAGUCCUAUAUCACGGCAGAAUACGGACACUCUCAUGUGCCAAGGUCAACUGCUUCAUCAUCUGGAUGUUCAGCUUGCUGAUGAGUAGCCCCAGCAUCAUAUUCCGAAGAGUGAUCCAUGUGGAAGAAUUGAACAUGUCUGCUUGCCUACUCGAUUACCCUAAUCAUUACUGGAUACUGAAGAUGGACAUUGUGAUGAUGGUCAUCGGCUUCCUCAUUCCUGCAACCAUCAUCAGUUUCUGCACCUUUCAGAUCCUAAAUGUCCUCAGAAACAACCAAAUGCAAUGCUUCAAGCAAGCGAGCAAGGAAAACAAGGCCACCACCUUGGUGUUCGCUGUCCUUUUGGUCUUUGUCAUUUGCUGGCUGCCUUUUCAACUGCUCCAGUUCCUCAGGAUCUUUCAGUUUACAAACAUCCUGCAGGGCUGCUCCUUAACAAGUGCGAUUAGUAACGGCAGCCAGAUUGCUACCUUCUUGGCCUGUACCAACAGCUGCAUCAACCCUGUGCUCUAUGUCCUUGUUGGAAAGCAGUUCAGGAAGAAAGCGCGGGAGCUGUGGGUCCGAGCAAAGGUCAGGAAGACAUCUGGAACACAAUCGCAGUGACUCCCUGGAGACCUAUGGCACUGCGGUGACUUACAAAGACCUGAUUUGUUUGCAGAUAUGGAAAGCCUCACAUUGUGUCAUGGAUUUAAUUGUUGACACUAAAAUGUCUGACGUGAGAAAGUUUUUGUGAUAUUUCAUGUUUCCCUAGAUUGCAGCUCGCACAAGCAGAAAAUGAACGUAAUCUCUGUGUAAUGUGAGGAAUGUAAUAAAAGGAGCUGA